UUCCCAGGGGUGUGGGGGCAGCUGAGCCCUCGGGGUCUCCCCUGGGGGCCAUGAGCGCAGAUGGGGAAGGGACACUGGGGUCCGUUCCCAGCCUGGGAGCCCCUCCAUGUGCCUGGGAGGGGACGGGCAGCAUGGGGCUGGGGCACUGGGCGGCACUGGGCAGCACUGGGGAGUGCUGAGAAGCCCUGGGCAGCACUAGGUAGUGCUGGGCAAGCACUGGGCUGGGGGCAUUAGUCAGCCCUGAUCGUCAGCCCUGGUCAGUGCUGGGCAGCAAUGGGCAGCGGUGGGCAGCCGUGAUCGGCGUUGGUGGGCACUGGGCAGCCCCUAAGAAACACUGGUCGGCCCCGGGCAAGCACUAGUCAGUGCUGAGAAGCCUUGUGCAGCCCUGGUCAGCACUGAUCAGUGCUGGGCACCCCGGGGUGCCCGUGCCCAGGGUGAUGUCCGAGUCGGAGGUGUCCUGGGAGAGGCCACGGGGGGAGAAGAGCCCCGAGGGCGAGCGAUGCCCCCGCCCGCCGCGGGCCCUGCGCCUUCUCGGCUCUUCUGGCCCCCGGCGCUCGCCGUAGCGGCGUCCGGCGGGGAGCGGGCGGGGCAAGAUGGCGGCGGGGGGCGCGGCGGACGCCCAGGCGCGCUUCGGCCACUCGGUGAAGGGGCUUCUGACCGAGAAGGUGACGAGCUGCGGCACCGACGUGAUCGCCCUCACCAAGCAGCUCCUGGGUCAAGCUGCUAGAAACAUGGUGAUGCAAGAAGAUGCCAUCCUGCACUCGGAAGACAGUUUAAGGAAAAUGGCCAUAAUAACAACUCAUCUACAGUACCAGCAAGAAGCAAUUCAGAAAAAUGUCGAGCAGUCGUCAAACCUACAGGACCAGCUGAGUCACUUGCUGAAGUGAAGCGUAGCCGAAGGCACGAGGACGUCUCAACUGGCACUGAGGGCAGCGAAGCAUCCUGUCCCCUCCAGACCCCGGGGUUCAGACCUGUGUCUGGAUGGUGAUGGAUGUCAGCUGGGAUAUGUGCAGAGUCUGUGUUUCUGGGCACGUGGGCCCCUCUCACGUGCCUUCAUCCACAUCUCUGCUCCAGAAUGCUCACCUAACUGAAACAAACUUACCUGAAACUUCACUCCCCCCAGCAAUUCUUGUGUCCACUUACUUCUCAUGUAGUGUGAGUUGCUCAACCCACACCUGCACCCCUGGCAAGAAAUGCAUAAAACUGAACUGUGGGUUUUAAAUACAGGUGCCUGCAGUUUGAUGCUGGUCUGUAUUUAGACACAGAGAUGGCACAGAGUGCAAUUUAUUUAGGGCAUGUUAAUCAUUUGGAGCUGUAAGUGCCUGGGUGGGUGAGAGAGGUGCUCCAGUGUAGACUGAGGUGCCAGUCCCAGGCCAGGAUUUCUGAAAGUGGGAAUCUGGGCACACACCUCUGUCAGCGGUCCAGCUGGAUGUGGUUUGACCAGCGUCCUGCUCGGAGGUUAUCUUAUUUUCCACUCUGACGGAGUUUGGAACGUCAUCCCCUUGCCAACCCAUCUGCACUGCCUUCGGCCUUCAACUGCAUUCCUCUUCCUGGGCUGCUGCUCCAGCUCUUGAUGAAGCAGCCUUGGCUGUGGUGUGUGUUCCUAUCUGGUUGGGAAAGUAUCCAAAGGCCUGGCCGGGAAGCAGGCAGGAGAGCAUCGGUUCUGCACUGCUCUGUGUUGGAGGACUAGCAACCAGGCUCCUGUUCACACCCCAGGGAGCGACAUCAGGCCCAGGCUAUAAAUACUGUGUCUUGUUUUUGGUAAGUCACUUAUCUGGAGCACUUGGAGCACACGGGAAGCACUUGUUUGCCCGAGUGAGCUUUUCAUCGGCUGAUAGGAGAAGGCAGGCUGAGAGCAGGCAUCGGCCUGAUACGUUCCUGUUGGAGUACUGCUGGAGUUUGGCUCCUGUGCUGCAGAGCCUUCUCCCGGGCUGUAUUUCACCGUCUCCACCAGUGCCACUGCCUGUUUGGGUUUCACCUGGUGGCACCACAGCUCCGGUGUCCCCCUGGAGGUGCCACUGUUAGUCCAGGGGCCACGGUGGCUAUUUUUGCCUUGGGAGGGGUCCUGAUCCCCAGCUUUGCAGAUGCACUUUGGGAAUGAGGGUUUUCCCUGAGCUGCUGGAGAAGCUGUAAUUCACUUGCUGGGAAUAAAAGCCACCCUGAACAUCACCAAA